AUGAUGUAUUCUGUAAUCUGUGGCUUAGCAUUCAAGCUAAUGUUCAAUGCUGCCAGCCAAUCUCUCCAAGCGCAUUAGCUCUGACUAAAACUCGACGUAUUAAAAAAAAAAAAGCUGUGGCUUGACUCCUUGAACCGAUUAGAGCUUCAAUCCCACUUUUAGUGGGAAGUCAGUUGCCAUUCCCAUUCCCAAAAGCUUCAAACAAUAACCGGCUCUCUCUACCAAUUGGAAAGGCUGCGUCAUUCUUGCAACCCGGGCUAUACGAGCAAGAAUGGCUUCCUUUCCGGCCGCCGUGCGGUCCACUCGAAAGCUGGCCUUCAAUCUAAACCAGGUCCGACGCGUUUCCGAUAUAACCAUCACCCGCACCGGCAAGCCCAUCAUUCGCGUACAAGGUGGCAGGUCAUCUCUCGGAGGUCAUGUCGCCACAGUAUUUGGCGCAACGGGACAGCUCGGAAGAUACAUCGUCAACCGAUUAGCCCGCCAAGGAUGCCAGGUUAUCGUUCCGUUCCGAGAAGAAAUGGCCAAGCGCCACCUCAAGGUGACGGGUGAUUUGGGCCGCGUCGUCUUUAUCGAGUACGACUUAUACAACACCGACUCGAUCGAGGCAAGCGUGAGGCACUCCGAUAUCGUGUACAACCUCGUCGGCCGGAACUAUCCUACAAAGAACUAUACUCUAGAGGACGUCCACGUCGAGGGCACCGAGCGCAUCGCCGAAGCCGUUGCCAAGUACGACGUCGACCGAUUCGUCCACGUCUCAUCCUAUAACGCCGACCCUAACUCGCCCGCCGAAUUCUUCGCUACCAAGGGGAGGGGCGAGCAAGUCGCCCGAAGCAUCUUCCCGGAGACUACUAUCGUCCGACCGGCACCCUUAUUCGGCUUCGAGGACAACCUCCUCCACCGAUUGGCUAGCGCCGGCAACCUAUUCACAGCGAACAACAUGCAGGAGAGAUACUGGCCCGUUCACUCCAUUGACGUGGGCCAAGCUCUAGAAGCUAUGCUAUACGAUGACACCACGGCGGGGCAGACCUUCGAGCUCUACGGACCUAAGAACUACUCGACAGCCGAAAUCGCCGAGUUGGUCGACCGGGAAAUCUACAAGAAGCGAAGACACAUCAACGUGCCCAAGGCCAUCCUAAAGCCCGUGGCCGGCCUUCUUAACAAGGCGUUGUGGUGGCCGAUCCUCUCCGCCGAGGAAGUAGACAAGGAGUUCAUCGACCAGAAGAUCGAUCCUACAGCCAAGACUUUUGCCGACCUAGGCAUUACGCCGGGUGACAUCAGCGACUUCACAUACCACUACUUGCAAGGAUAUCGUAGCUCGGCAUACUACGACCUCCCGCCGGCGACGGAGAAGGAGAAGCGGGAAGACAGGAAGUACGUGCACGUGUUAGACGAACAAUAAAAUAACUUCUCGAGGCCAUCUUCUGUGCAAAUAUGGAGGGAAAAAAAGAAGACGCUCGUAUUGCGCUGUACAUGCCUACCUUAUACUAGACCUAGUAGUAGUUCGCCCUUAUUUCAAAAGUCACGAAUAGCACUUGUUGUAAG